AUGCGUGGUCUAAGUGGAUUCGUGGGUUCUUUUCAAGGGGUGAGGGCUUCUAACCAGCAACAGCGCUGCCUUAAGUUCGAGUGGUCCUCGAACAGGUCUGUACUUGGUUUUUCGCAGCGUGGUAUAGCACGGCGCGUCGCUGAUGCUGGUCUCGGACGCCGACAGCAGCAACAGCAGCAACAGCAGCAGCAGCAGCAGCAGAGGCAGCCUCAGCGCCUGCUUAGACUAUUCAGUGCUGCCGCUCCUGCGGAUACAAGCAUUACGCAUAGGGUCUUUUUUGACUUCUCCAUUGGCGGUGAGCCUGCUGGACGCGUCGUAUUUGGACUGUACGGAAAACAGGUGCCCAAAACUGUCGAGAACUUCCGCGCGCUUGCAACUGGCGAAAAGGGUUUUGGAUACCAGGGAAGCCUUGCGCACCGAGUCAUCCCUGGCUUUGUGAUCCAGUUCGGCGACUUUACCCGAGGAGAUGGAACCGGCGGUAAGAGCAUCUACGGCGAACGUUUCGAAGACGAGAACUUUGCAAUCCCCCACGAGACCGGAGCACUCUCCAUGGCAAACGCUGGCCCAAAUACGAAUGGCUCACAGGUUUUCAUUGUACUCGACGGACGAACAACGCAGCAUCUAAACGGCCGGCACGUUGUGUUUGGCAAAGUUGUCGAGGGCAUGGACGUGGUGCGCAAGAUCGAGGAAAACCCUACCGGCAGGGGUGAUCGUCCUCAACGCGCUGUCAAGAUCGAGGCCUGCGGGACGCUGUAG